CAAUCUUUGAUGAUGCUCCACCCACUUUGCCCUAUUUCUUUCUUUGCAACAUUGACUGACUGCUAGACUCCGUUCUGUUGUUGUAUUUUGCACGGUUUGUCGAAAAGUAGGCUUCGGAAGAAUGGCUUACACGCUUUCAACAGGAACAAAGAAGAAAGUUUGCUACUAUUAUGACGGUGACAUUGGAAACUACUAUUAUGGCCAGGGGCACCCCAUGAAGCCCCACAGGAUCCGCAUGACCCAUAAUCUGCUGUUAAACUAUGGACUGUACAGGAAGAUGGAGAUUUAUAGGCCACACAAAGCCACUGCUGAAGAGAUGACCAAGUACCACAGCGAUGACUACAUCAAGUUCCUGCGGUCCAUUCGUCCAGACAACAUGUCCGAGUUCAGCAAGCAGAUGCAGCGCUUCAAUGUCGGGGAGGACUGUCCCGUGUUUGAUGGGCUGUUUGAGUUCUGCCAGCUGUCCACUGGUGGCUCAGCAGCUGGGGCGGUGAAGCUGAACAGGCAGCAGACGGACAUCGCCGUGAACUGGGCUGGGGGUCUUCACCACGCCAAGAAGUCGGAGGCCUCAGGGUUCUGUUACGUCAACGACAUCGUGCUCGCCAUCCUGGAGUUGCUGAAGUACCAUCAAAGAGUGCUGUACAUCGACAUUGACAUUCACCAUGGCGACGGGGUGGAGGAGGCGUUCUACACCACCGACCGAGUCAUGACCGUGUCCUUCCACAAGUAUGGAGAAUACUUCCCUGGCACAGGAGACCUCAGGGAUAUUGGAGCUGGAAAAGGCAAAUACUAUGCGGUCAACUUCCCCUUGAGAGACGGAAUAGACGACGAGUCUUAUGAGCAGAUCUUCAAACCAGUGAUGGCUAAAGUGAUGGAGAUGUACCAGCCUAGUGCAGUGGUUCUGCAGUGUGGCGCUGACUCUCUGUCAGGGGACAGGCUGGGUUGCUUCAAUCUCACCAUUCGCGGCCAUGCCAAGUGUGUGGAGUACAUGAAGUCCUUCAACCUGCCGCUGCUGAUGCUGGGUGGAGGAGGCUACACCAUCCGCAACGUGGCGCGCUGCUGGACAUACGAGACCGCCGUGGCCCUGGACACUGACAUCCCAGACGAGCUUCCGUACAACGACUACUUUGAGUACUUUGGCCCCGACUUCAAGCUGCACAUCAGCCCCUCUAACAUGACCAACCAGAACACUGGGGAGUACAUGGACAAAAUUAAGCAGCGUCUGUUUGAGAACCUGCGCAUGCUGCCCCACGCCCCCGGAGUCCAAAUGCAGGCCAUCCCAGAGGACAGCAUCCCUGACGACGCAGUGGAUGAGGACGCAGAGGACCCCGACAAACGCCUCUCUAUUCGCGCCUCAGACAAGAGGAUAGCGUGCGACGAAGAGUUCUCCGACUCCGAGGACGAGGGAGAGGGUGGACGCAGGAACGUGGCCAAUCACAAGAAGGGAGCCAAGAGAGCCCGCGUGGAGGAGGAGAAAAAGGAGGGAGAGGAGAAGAAAGUUGAAGUGAAGGAGGAGGAGAAAGCGAAGGAAACGAGCACAGAGAAAACGGAGACGAAAAGUGUGAAGAACGAACAGGCCAGCAGUGCUUGAAGCGUCCAGCAGAGGGGAGUGUUUCUCCACACUGGCAGGCUUGACCGCUGCGGUACCUCGCUUCACCAGAUCAGACUUGAUGCCCACAAGCAUUAUAUUUAUUAUUAUUAAGAAAAAUGUGUGUCAUAGAUACAUAUUUGUUUCUGUUUCACGUCACCUCACCUCUUUCCUUCCCGUUAUCCGUUUCUUUCUCUCUUGGUUGCUGUUCCAAUGUCUUCGUUAAUUGUGACGGUCCUUUUUAAUCCAUCUUGCAGCUUUUACAGCAUGGAAUUGCUGUCUCUAUCCCUUUGGAAGCUAAAUGUUUUUAAAUAGGCUUUUUAUUUUUUGGAAAUGAAUCGUCUGUUUGUAUUGAUGUGUCCUAGAAAGAAUAAUGUGGUUGUUAGACAUGAAAACUUUGAUGAACGUCAUGUUUGUCUCAAAUUUGAUAUUUUGCAUUUACGUAUUAAAAUGUUUUUUAUA